AUGCCGCGCGACCCCGCCCCCCAUCCGGGCACGUCGCCCGAGUUAUAUCUCUCCAAUUCCGAGCUCGACCACCGUGGCCGCAGCAGCACCUCCGCAUUUAGCCGCCUCGACUUGGGUCCCAGUGCAGGCACCAACGCUGGUAGAAGGGUUAGCACCCCCGACGCACUGGUCAGCAAGCUCUUCCGCCGGCUCAGCAUGGACCAAACCGAGCAUCAACCCGUGCCACCGGUGAUGACGCCGAAUAUCGAGGAGGGCGACGAGACGGAUGACCCCGACGACGUCUUUGGGUCUAGCCACACAUCACGCGCCAUCCGAGAGAGCACCAACCGCCUGGCUAGCAUGAGCUUUACCGCCCCGUCCCCGCUCUCCAGUGGUAUUCCCCUGCGCCGCGGGAGCAGCACAUCGGGUGGCGCGGCUCUCGACCUCUCCCUCUCACAGCCCCAAGGUUCAGCCCAAGGCUCAGUUUCACCGCAAGCGGGGCCCAGCGGUCUCAGUGUAUUGAUGGACCGCGGGCGAGCUACCGACUCUAGAGAGACGACGCCACACGCCAUGCCAGCCAUCCUAGUCGAAGACGAGGGCGCAAAUCUCUCAUCGCAAUCUUCUGCUACUAAAGACAGAGCACGCUCUCACUCGUCGCACAUUCACAUUCGCCCAGGCCUCGAGGGCGUACAGGAAGUCGACGAAGACAACAUGGCAGACUCGGAACUGCGUCGCUUCCUCGCAAGCGGUGAACCGCCCAGCGAACGCACCCCUCUCCUGGGCAACAAGGACACCUGGGCCCAACGCACCGCCACCGACCUGCACGCCGCACGCACCUCGCUCUCCAAGUACUCGGCCAAGGAGCUCGCGACCAUGGCCAUCCGCGAACCGGUCAAGGCCCUCCCCGCCGUCGUUCUCGGCCUCCUCCUGAACGUCCUUGACGGCGUGUCUUACGGCAUGAUCCUCUUCCCCGUCUCCAAGUACUACCCCGACUAUGGGAGUCUGGGUGUGAGCAUGUUCUUCGUGAGCUGCAUCACCGCGCAACUCACCUACUCGCUUGGCGGGAGUAUCUUCAAGGGUGGAAACGGGAGCAUGAUGAUCGAAGCCGUCCCGUUCUACCACAUCAUCUGUAUGUUCAUCAUCUCCGAGAUUGGCGACAACGCCGCCGCCAUCGUCGCGACGACCAUGGUUUCGUUUGCCUUGAGCUCGAUCCUCACAGGCCUCAUCUUCUUAGCGCUGGGCUACUUCAGACUCGGCAGCCUGAUCGGAUACUUCCCGCGCCACAUCCUUGUGGGAUGCAUCGGUGGUGUUGGCGUGUUCCUCUUCAUCACUGGCCUACAGGUGUCGCUCGGCGUCUCUGGAGCCGAAUUCAAGUACGACCUGCCCACGCUCAAGCUCUUCUUCGCAAACUUCCACAGCAUCAUGUUGUGGGGACUGCCGCUCGCCCUCGCCGUCCUCCUCCGCGUUAUCACCCACUUCUUCCACCACGAGCUCAUCUUCCCUGCCUACUUCCUCAUCCUUCCCGCCAUCUUCUACGUUAUUGUUGCCAUCGGCGGAUGGGAUUGGCAGUACCUCCGCGACCAGAAGUGGGUGUUCGACGUCGGCCAGAACGUUCAGCCGUGGUACUCAUUCUACGCCGGCUUCAGGUUUAACCUCGUCAACUGGCGUGUGGUCUGGGCUGCCAUGCCGACGCAGCUCGCCCUCGUCUUCUUCGGCAUUCUCCACGUGCCCUUAAACGUGCCUGCGCUCGGCGUCUCGCUCGCAGAGGACAAUGUCAGCCUCAAUAGAGAGCUGGUUGCCCACGGAGUCUCCAACCUCGCCUCGGGCAUGGCUGGGUCUGUUCCGAACUACCUCUGCUACGUCAACACGGUCCUCUUCUAUCGCGUCGGCGGAGACUCGCAUCUCGCGGGCCUCAUGCUCGCGGCCGCCACUGCGUUCGUAAUGUACCUCGGCCCAGCCGUCAUCGGUUACCUCCCUAUCACGGUCGUCGCCGCGCUCAUCUACGUACUGGGCAUUGACCUCAUGGUUGAAUCGCUCUGGGACACGCGGCACCGCGUCAACAAACUCGAGUACAUCACUAUCUUUGUCAUUGCUAUCUGCAUGACCGCAUUCGACUUUGUCAUCGGCCUCUUCAUCGGCAUCAUCCUCGCUUGCGUCUUCUUCGUCGUCCAGAGCUCGCGCCGCAGACCGAUCCGUACCGUCCUCAGCGGCUCUACCGCCAAGUCGACAGUGCGCCGCCCUAGAGCCCAGCGUGCGUUCAUCCAGCGUGUCGGCUCCCAGACGUGCGUGAUGAAGCUCCAGGGCUUCCUCUUCUUCGGCACGAUCGGCGUCGUUGAGGACGAGAUCCGCAAACUUCUCGACAUCGCCGAGUGGGAGCACAAUCCGAUCCGCUUCCUGGUCAUCGACUUUGCACUCGUCAGCGGUCUGGACUUUAGCUCAGCUGAGGCCUUUGUGCGCAUCCAGCGCCUUCUCGCGGCAAAGGACGUGCUCCUCAUUCUGUGCGGUGCUGCGCCGCAUUCGGCGGUCGGGACGGCUCUCCGCGCCGUCGAUCUCUGGGCCGACCAGGAGGGCACACGUGUCGAGGUGUUUGGCUCACUCAACGACGCCCUCGAGUGGACCGAAAACACCUACUUGACUGCUUUCUACGACAACCAGGUCAAGGCCAAGGGCGAUACGCCCGCCCCUCGCACCAUCGAUCUUCCCAAGGUCCAGCGCAUGCCGUUCACACUCGCCGAGAGCUUCAGCAACUCGCCGCGGCGCACCCACCUCGCACGUGCUGGCGACGCCACUCUGCCUGUUUAUGUCGCGGACAUUGAGGAGCCCCGUCCUGCCGCCGCCCAACCCCUCGGCAUACUCAUGCAGACGAUGGGAUGCUACAUGGACGCUCCCGAGGACUUCUUCUCCCAGUUCGCCCCGUACUUUGCCCGCGUCUCUGCGCCGGCUGGCACGACCCUGUGGCGCCAGGGCGAGGCGGCCGACGGGCUCUACCUCAUCGAAAGCGGAUCCCUGCGCGCAACGUACGAGUACAAUGCCGAGGACCGCGUCCUGGAGACCAUGGUGGCCGGCACGGUCGCCGGCGACCUGAGCACGCUGAGCGAAACGACGCGCAAUGCUACCGUUGUCGCCGAACGCGACGCCGUGCUGUGGAAGCUUGCACCCAGCUCGCUUGCCAAGAUGGAGAAGGACAAGCCCGAGGCUGCGGCCAUGUUUGUCAAGAUUGUUCUGAAGGCCGCCGUCGAGGAAGUUGACGUCGUGACCUCGCACCUGAUUGCUGUCCUGUCGUAA